UGGAGCAGCCACACCUGAGCAGGUUGAGUGCGGAGAAGACAUGGCAGACUAACAACUCCACCCCCUCCACUCCCGUCCUGUUGAGAAAUCUACUGAAUCUCAUCGCGGAGCUUCAUCCAAAGCCUGUUCCUCCGCCCCGACACGGGACCGCAACAGCAGCUUUCAGACCAUAUACCUAAACUUUGAGCCAUUUCAGCUGAAGGGAACCUCCCCCCCCCCGUCUUCCAUCAGCAGGAAGAGACUGUGAUCAAACCUCGUCAUGAACUGGACAUUCCUCCAGGGCCUCCUCAGCGGGGUGAACAAGUACUCCACAGCCUUCGGCCGAGUGUGGCUCUCCAUUGUCUUCCUCUUCAGGGUCAUGGUGUUUGUGGUGGCAGCAGAGAAGGUAUGGGGUGACGAACAGAAAGACUUCAAAUGCAACACGGCUCAGCCUGGGUGCCACAAUGUCUGCUAUGACCACUUCUUCCCUGUCUCCCAUAUCCGGCUGUGGGCCCUGCAGCUCAUCUUCGUCACCUGCCCCUCACUCCUGGUGGUCAUGCAUGUGGCCUACAGGGAGGACAGGGAGAAGAAAAACCGUCUCAAGUACGGGGAAAACUGCCGCCGUCUCUACCAGAACACUGGCAAGAAGCGUGGAGGCCUGUGGUGGACCUACGUCCUCACCUUAGUCUUCAAAAUAGGUGUGGACGCCACCUUCGUCUACCUCCUCUACCAUAUCUAUGAGGGCUACGACUUCCCAUCUCUCAUCAAGUGUGAACAGAAACCCUGUCCCAACAAGGUGGACUGUUUCAUCGCUCGGCCCACUGAGAAGAGAAUCUUCACCAUCUUCAUGGUGGUCACCAGCCUGGCCUGCAUCUUGCUCUCUGUUUUUGAAAUUCUCUACCUGGUUGGGAAACGGUGCCGUGAAUGUGUCACCACAUUCCAUCAGUCUCGCCGAGUCGUGACCAACACGAUGUCCAGUGGAAGCAACUUGAUGGAGUCAAAUAAUCUAAAGCUGACAGCUAAAAACUCCCCUCAAACACCUGCGCCCUCAUACUAUGUCGUCAUAUCUUGAGAUACUGAGAUAAAGGCAAAGACUAUCAAAGACAUGGGGAAGGAGAGAAGCUUCUCCUCAGUCCCGAGGCACUUCUUCAAAAGACUUGACAGCAGACUUUGUCUACUCUGAGAUUGAACUAUGAUGGAGUUGGUUCCCUACUGUUUACAGAGUCCACAAUCAAAGGAGUUCAGGACUUCAGGACUCAUGCGUCAUUGAUCUGGAAUGUGCUCAAUGUUGUGGGUUUGGGAGUAUUUACAGAUGUUUUUACGGAUAAAGUUCAACAGCAGACGAAAAAGAAAAAUCAAGGAAAUUUGUGAUGCAGUGUCAGAUUUAGCCUCUCGUUCAAUUAAAUGAGUCACUCCGGGGUUUGGCGAGUAUGGUUUUACAAACAUGCGGUUUUCUGUGUAAGAUUUUCCCUCUGCUCGUGCCCGACCUCAAAUGUUUACUUCUGACUGUGCUGUGUCUUCUCCCUUCACUCACACAUUGUCGUAUCUUGCUGUAAAUGCUGUACUAUAUAUAAUUUAUCAACAGGUUUGAAAGAUUGUGCUGUUGUUUGUUACUGUCGUUGUCAUGUUUCUGCGUAGUGGCAGAAGAGAGCAAUGCUGUGGAAAAAUGCAGUUUUUGAAACACAGUUGUUAUUAGUAACUCAGGAUUUGCAUAUUUAACAGCGUUGAGGUGCAGCAUGGCUGCAUAGUUGUUAAUAAUAUUUUCAUUAAAGAUCAUUUUCUUAUUUUGAAAA